AUGGCCCUACAGAAUGACUUUGAGUCGAUUCGUCAUCAACUGCUUAAUCACACUCCGACUUUUUCCCUAGAUAUUGCUGUCAAUGAGUUGAUCCAUGAGAAAACUCAUCUGCAAACAUUACAGACUCAAAACAAGCUCAAUGUCUUGGCUACCACUCUAUCAGUUUCCUCCUCUGACCAACGUCAACAGUCUGGUUCUAGAAAGCAUUGUCCUAGCAACCAUCGCUCCAAUAGGCUAUUUUGUCAUUAUUGUAAACGUCAUGGCCAUGUCAUCCAGACCUGUUACUGUUGUAACAAGAAAGGACCUCCAACUACUAUUGCUUCUAGUUCAGACACUCCUCAGGUCUCUGAAACCAUCAGAGAUGCAACUCGGUCUUCUGGAUCCACCACCACUCUCUCCACAACUCACUUGGAGAAUCUCCUAAAUCGGGUCGUAAGUCGACCUGAUAAUGCAUCGUCCUCAUCUGCUCUUUAUGUUCUCUCUUGGGUUAUGGAUUCUGCCUAUAAUAAUCAUAUGACACCCUCCUCAUUCUUGUUCACUAAAAUGUAUUUUGCAUAUCCACCACUUGCUAUACACACUGCCAAUGGAUCCAUUAUGCUUGCUCUUAGUAUAGGCUCUAUCUCUACAUCCAAUAUUUCAAUUUUUAAGGUGCUUCAUGUUCCUAAACUCUCUUAUAACUUGGUGUUUGUGGGGUCAUUGGCUCAACUUGGCUACCAUGUUAUUUUUUACUACUCUGGUUGUACUCCGCAGGAUCCACAGACGAGAGAGGCACUUGGGAUAGGCCCUAGAAUGGAGCGUAUGUUUCCAAUGAGCACUUUGCAUCUUCCAUCAGUUCCUCCAAGUCCACCCGUUGGUGUUUCUGCUGUCACAUAUGUUUCUCCUUCCUUCGCCCUUUGGCACUUUCAACUUGGUAAUACAUCCUCUUAUCGGAUACAACAGUUAGUUUCUCAAGGCACCAGCAGAAUGGAUGAGUCAAACGAAAACUUCGACAUAUCCUUGACACAGUUCGGACACUUCUCCUCUAUGCUAAAUUGCCUCUCACAUUCUGGGUCUCGUGAACAUACAAAGUUGGAGCCACGUUCUCGCCUUUGUUGCUUUCUUGGAUACGACGAGACUCAGAAGGGCUAUCGGUGUUAUAAUCCUACUCAUCGCUUCCAUGAGCCCUCCAAUCAUUCUUCGCCUGUGUCCAUAUUAGAUGUUCCAUGCAUUCUACCUACUCACUUUUUGGACACUCGUAGACCAGGAUCUUCAUCUCUUGAGCUACCUCUCUCUUCGACUGCAAUCCCUAUUCUUGCCCUACCUGCGGAUCACACAACCGACAUUUCCCUUCACUGUUCUUCUCGGGUAAGAUCUCUUCCUACUCAUCUCCAUGAUUUCUAUUAUUACAUUGCCCUUAUUACUUUACAUGAGCUUCACUCCUAUCAUGAGGCCUCUACUAAUUCCUUAUGGCAAGAUGCAAUGACUGAGGAAUUUGAUGCAUUAUCUAAUAACUAUACAUGGGAUCUAGUUGAUUUGUCUCCUGAAAAGUCUAUGACUAGUUGUAAGUAG